AUGGCAUACAAACCAAAAGUUUUAAAAUCCCUAAAAAGUCCUGGGUUUUUUAUGAACACAAGAAAAGGAACUUUAUACCAACUUACUAAUCAUAAUUCAGAACCUUUAAAUUUGAAUCACUUGAUUGUGUCUCAAAGUGACUUUAUGCAUUGCGAAAAGCUAUUUGAAGUGUUAAAAGAACAAAAUUAGUCUUUCAAGAGCUAUAUAGGUUUCUCAAAAGAAGAAGAGCCUAAGAAAUUUAUAUAUUUAUCUCCUAUCGAUUACUAUAAGCCUUAAUAAACAAUGGAAGCCACUUCAAAAUCAGAUACUAUUAAACUUUAUACUACAAGAGGAGGUUAUUUCGAAGUUUCUGAUGAAUAGUAUUACAAAAUUUCAAAAAUGAUUAACCCUGAUAUUAUUGUCUCCCUUACUGAAAUUCCUACAGGAAAAGGCAAAAAAUCUCAUAAAAGAUCAGUUGAAAAAACAAUCGGCUUCUUAGACAAAGCUAUUUCUAUUUUCAGACCCAAGUCUAAUGGAAACAGCGAUGAAAAUGAAAAUCACACAGAUAAGUCCACUUUGAUAUUUGGAUCAAUUGAAGGAGGACAAUUUGACGAGUAAAGAAAAGAAUGUGUUUAAAAGACUCUUGAAAGAGAUAUUGAUGGAGUGGUUCUUCAUGGUACUGAAAGUGCUGAAACUAUUGAAGAAAAAGCUAGAUAGAUUGCUUUGACUAUGGAAUAUUUAGGUGAACAUAAAGAGAGUUUAUAUACAGUAUAUUCAUCUAAGGGAACUAUCUAAGAUAUCCUCUUGGGUGUUUCUCAUGGUAUAGAUUAUUUUGAAGUCGAUUAUCCCAAUUAAUUAGCACAUUCUCACCAAGCUCUCAACUUAGAUUUUGAUAAUAAAAACUAUGCAGAAACCUAGUCUCUCUCAAACGAAGAAAUUUUAAAUGCAUUAAAAGUAAAGCAACCCAAAAUUUUCAACAUGACUGAAUACGAAAAGUAUAAAGAAAGUUUAAUUGGAUUCACUGAUGGAUGUUAAUGCUAUUCUUGUUAAAAUCACACACAAGCUUAUGUUGCUCACCUUAUUAAAUGCAAAGAAUUAACAGGAACUAUCCUCAUUACCAUUCAUAACAUCCAUCAAUAUAACAUUCUAUUUUAACAAUUGCAGGAAGCUGCUGAAAACUAGAAGUUAUCUAACUACAUUUCUUGGUUCAUUAAAACUAAUCUUAUUUGA